AUGUUGAAUUCACAAUGGAAUGAUUGGGCAGUGAAUCUUGAUGAUGCACUAUGGGCUUAUAGGACAACUUACAAAACACCAAUCGGUACUUCUCCCUAUCACUUAGUGUUUGGUAAAGAGUGUCACCUCCCAGUUGAACUAGAGCAUCAGGCUUAUUGGGAAGUGAACAAGUUGAACCUGGAUCCCAAAUUAGUCGGGAAGAAAAGGAUGGAUCAGCUACAUGAGUUGGAACAAUUCCGGCUCUAUGCCUAUGAAAAUGCAAAACUGUACAAGGAGAAAACAAAACAAUGGCAUGACAAGCACAUUGUGGCUCAACUUUUCAAGCCCGGGCAAAUGGUAUUGUUGUUCAACUUUCGGUUAAGGUUGUUUCCAGGCAAGUUGAAGUCGAAAUUAAGUGGACUAUUUGAGGUGGUACAUAUGACCGACCAUGACACUGUGGAGUUAUGGAAUGAAGAGAAGAAAUCCAUGUUCUUUAUGAAUGGGAAAUUAUGA